GAGGCACGAGAGCACCUGGGGCGCGUCUUCGGCCCCUCAGUUCUCACGCCGGCGGGGCCAGGCCCCCGGACUGACAGGAGGGGCCGGGCGGACGCUGGCUCGGAGGGGGACCAAGCCAUUCUCGCCGAACCCAGCUCACACGAGGGGUAGAAGCGACAGAGGGCCAAAGGUCCCACCUCAACGGAAGAUCCCAACAAGACAACAUGCCUCCCAAGAAGCCUGAGCCUAAGAAGGAAGCUGCCAAGGCAACCCCAGCCCCUGUUCCUGCCCCAACUCCAGCCCCUGCUGCAGCUCCUGAGCCCUCCAAGGAAGCUGCCUUUGACCCCAAGAAUGUAAAGAUAGACUUCACUGCCGACCAGAUCGAAGAGUUCAAAGAGGCCUUUUCCUUGUUUGACCGGACCCCCACUGGAGAGAUGAAGAUCACCUACGGGCAGUGUGGAGAUGUGCUGAGGGCCCUGGGCCAGAACCCCACCAACGCCGAAGUGCUGCGUGUCCUGGGCAAGCCCAAGGCUGAAGAGAUGAAUGCCAAGAUGCUGGACUUUGAGACGUUCCUGCCCAUCCUGCAGCAUAUCUCUCGCAACAAGGAGCAGGGCACCUACGAGGACUUCGUGGAGGGGCUGCGUGUUUUUGACAAGGAGAGCAAUGGCACGGUCAUGGGUGCUGAGCUUCGCCAUGUCCUUGCCACCCUGGGAGAGAAGAUGACUGAAGCUGAAGUGGAGCAGCUGCUGGCUGGGCAAGAGGAUGCUAAUGGCUGCAUCAAUUAUGAAGCCUUUGUCAAGCACAUCAUGUCUGGGUGAAGUGGAGCCUCCAGGGUGCCUGGCCCUUGGCCUUAGCCCUCCCAGGGUGAGUUAGUGAGAGGCCCAGAGGGACUGAGCUGAGCAGGAGUCCUGGCCUUGCCACUGCGCCACAGCCCCAGGGGCCUCCUGGGCCCAUAGCCCUCCCUGUAAAUAAAGAGU